AUGAAACGUUGUUGGGAUCCUGUUCCUACCAAUCGUCCAACGGCCAAGGCAUUAUCUAACAAGUUUAAGUGUUUAUUAAUUAUUUUGUGUCCUGUUAAAGAUGAAUCAAAUGAAUCAAUCGAACUUAGCGAAGACGAUCUUAGCGAGGAUUUUAUCCUAGAAGUUGAAGAAGCAUUUAGUCAGGAAAGGGAAGACAAGUGGAAAUUACGACUAGCAGAGUUGGCUACAAAUCCAAUACCCUUAAAAAAAUCACAAAAUUUGCUAACCAGUAAACGACUUAAUUUUUCAGAGUCCCUUUCUCUAAAACUUAGCGUUGAAGAUUGGAAUAAACUAAGAUUAACCGAUUAA